AUGGCGCAUGGCGGCGUGCGUCUAAAGAAGCGUGAGCGGCCUAUGCCAAAGCAGAAUGCCCGCACACCAAAUCAGGAAAAAAAGCAGUUGAAAAAACACUCUCAUAAGCGCGCGCGUGUCGAUGGGAAUGGCGAGGACGUGGACGAUUCAUGGGUACAGGAUGCACAAGACAUGGCCGUGGAUGCCGAACCAGGUCAGCUGCAUUUCUUGUCCGAGGCACGUCUGCCAGAUGUCACUUCUUCCGGUGCUCAAGGACGUGCGAAAGAACGAGUUCGCGACGAAAAGCGGCGCCAACGUGAGAUACUAGAUGCGCAAAGAACAGAUGCCAAGGACGAAAGUGACGAGAGCACUGAUAUGGAGGGUGCAAGUGAAAGUGACGAGGAUGAGAUGGACUGGGACAAAGAUAUCAGUGAGGACGAUUUGGAAGAGAGUGACCUAGACGAAGAUGCCGAUGAACAUGAUCCUCUCGAAGAUGCAUACCUUCUCAAGGCUGAACAGCGGGAAAAACGCGCUCGAGCUGAGCGACACGCUUUGGCACAACUCCCCUUGCCUGUGCGAACAUCAGAAGGCAUCAUUGAGCAGCCGAACUCGAAAGAAUCGAGAAACAGCCGUGCUAUAUACGAACCACAUGUCAUGGAGGACAGCGAUGACGAUGAUGACGACAACGACAACGGUGACGUGUCAAAGACAAGUCCUGGCGUGACAUCAUCUUCCUCGGCUGACGCACAAUAUCUCGGAUACCAAACACCCUACGACAUUGCAGAAUGGGCACUUGCGUCGAAUCGGACCACCAGCACGCAGGCUAUUCUAGCUGCGCGUGAGCAAAUAGCUCGUCUGUCAUCCAGUAUCAUGGCAGAUCCUGAGCAGGGACAGGCGUCUUUGCGCCGUCUCCUCGUGUUUGCUCAGCGCAAUGUGCACGUACCCCCCGAGGACCCACGUCCUCGAACGAAGCGUCUUCCUAUGCAUCCCUACAUUCGACAACUUGCGAUGCUCUCGCUGCUUGCUGUCUUUGUCGAUAUCUUGCCUGGCUACCGCAUUCGUGCCUUGUCGGAAACAGAGCAAAAGGAUCGCGUUAGUCAGGACGUUGCUCGUCGGCGCGACUGGGAGCAAGGACUUGUUCGCCUGUACCGCGACUACCUCGAGUGCUGUGAAGGUGAUGUGCGAGAUGCAUCUUCGCCACUCGCGCCUGUCGCCCGGAAAUGCUUCUGCACCCUUCUUGUGCGUGCUCCGCACUUCAACUAUCGUAAAAACCUCCUGGCCUCCGUCAUAUCCUUGCUGUCUCGCAAAGCUUGGACACCUGCAAGCGAACAAUGCUUCGAGGCUCUGGCUCAGCUGCUUCGACAAGAUGCCGACGGCGAACUGGGUCUCGAGCUUGUGAUGCUGCUAUACCGGAUGAUUCGCGAGCGCAAGUUGGCGGUCCAUGCAAAUGUGCUUGAAAUCCUGGUUCACCUGCGCCUGCGUGACGAGCUCAGUCGGCGUGUGCGCCGUGGGCCCAUGGGCUCUGCGAACGCAUCGAAUUCCAUGCCAACAGCAUCAGAAGUGCGCCAUGCCGAUCCGCGGCAGGUCCGCAAGGGUCUCGCGGUGCACCGAAGCAAAAAGCAAGUGAAGCGCGAUCGCGAACUCCGCCAGAUUGAACAUGAGAUGCGCGAGGCGGACGCAACGUUGGAUUUGGAGGAGCGUGAGCGGCGUCAGUCUGAGACGCUCAAGCUCAUGUUUGCACUGUUUUUCCGCAUUCUCAAGACUGAUGACGUGCCAUUGCCUCUGCUUGCUAGUGCGUUGGAGGGUCUUGUGCAUUUUGCACACCAUGUGAGUGCGGACUUUUUCCGCGACGUGGUCGGUGUACUUCGAACGCAUGUUACCAAAGCAAUCGAUGCACAUGAGCCACGACACGCACUGCUUUGCAUUGUAGCUGCGCUGGAAUUACAGGCCGGUCAAGGUGGGGCGCUCGAGCUCGACCUGGGUGCUUUUUAUGUUGCUUUGUACCAGGUGAUGUGGCCGCUAGCCAUGUCCACACAGAUCGAGGAGGGCGCGCCGCGUCAAGGCUCGUCAGUGCGUGGUUUGCGCUCUUGGAGUAUGGCAUCGAUGCUAUUCCAUGCGCUCGAGCUGGCACUCGUAAAAUCAUCUCGGUCUACACUGCAUGUCUCUCUGGAUCGCACGGCUGCUAUGCUUCGCAGACUGCUCAUGUCUGCCCUACAUUGGCCGACAACGACGACGCUUCACGCUCUGCAGAUAGCGCAUGCGAUAUUGGCUCGCGCCGCGUCGGUCGACACACGUUUCGAGGCACUCGUGGACAAUCGCGAUGCCAUUCACGAUGGCACUUUUGACCCAUAUUCCGAGCAGCCUGAGAGUGCGCGCGUGCUGGCCAGUGGGCAGCCAUGCUGGGAGCUUAUCAUGCUCAGUCGGACGCAUGCGAAUGCGCAGGUACGCGAGACUGCGUCAGCCUUGCUUGAAUGGACUCCUUAG